AUCGCAAACUUAACGGUAUAAUUUACAAAACAAACGUUGAUGUAAGCUGACACACACGCUUGAACGCCUAACGGAGGAGGUGAACAGAACGGCGGACCACGUGAUGUGACGUCACAGGGCGAAGGUGUACACACACUUGUUCACGAUGGUAGAAGCAUAGUGAUGAUUUUGGGUAUUUCAUGGAGCCUUGGGAUUAUUGAAAAUCGGUGAUAUUUUGUGGAAUAAUGGAUGUCUUAAGCGAAGACCAAGCAUUACAGGCUGUUCUUGGUCGAGACCUUGGUAUAGACAAUGAAGCUCUGGACUUCCAACAGUUGGAGGACUUCAUCACCAGCGGUGAAAUGUGCCUCCCAGAGGAGGCAAUCCAGGCAGUGGCCUAUGGAACAGGUCGACCUGACCAGUCAGGGAUGAGUGACCUGAAGCUGAACGUUCGACUUACAUCACAUCUGAACCCUCAGCCCCAGACCACACAUGCUCAGAGCAUGUACUGCAGCGUGCCCAACACACGCGUCAACUUCGACCCCACGCAACACCAUGUAUAUAAACAUCACACAUCGCUACCAGAUAGCCCCCCAGAUUCAGGGUCUGAGCCAUAUUCUCCCCCAGAUGGCAACCAGCACAAUAUGCAAGACCCCAAGCCACAUUCGAUGGUUCCUGUAACCACAAUCCCUGGCCCGAUGUACCCACAACACAGAACCCACAUCCAGAUGCCAGGGAAGGGCCCUCCUCCAGGACCACCCCCAGGGCACCUACCAGCCUACAUGCACGAGCCCCCCAAGCUGAACCACCUGCCCGCCACACAGCCGCCGCCUACACCUCAUCCUCACCCCCACCAGAUGACUCCACCUCACAGCCACCCUAUAAUGAACUCCCACUUUGGCAGCAUAAGUAACCUUCAAGGUCAGCCUACGAAGAAGCGCAAGUAUCCCGACUCCCCCAACAACACAAUGAUGACCAACAUGCUCAACGGCAUGAACAGUAUUGUCAGCAUCAAGCAGGAACCAGCAGGUUUGGACACUCCUGAUCUGUUUAUGAGGAACUCAUGUCCACUUCCUGGCCAGUCACCUUUCCCAGGUUACUCCGUGCCAGACUGCAGCGGAGACGACGACUACUCCUACGACAUUGAUGGCAGCUUCACCGACAGCACAUAUCAAGUUAUCAAAUGGCAGCCUUACAACCAGCAGAAGUAUUGUGUGUUGACUGAUGCAGAACUCAAGGACAUUCCAACGCCAUCAUAUCGUGUAGACGCUGACAAAGGGUUUAACUUCUCGGUGCCAGAUGACGCCUUCGUCUGCCAGAAGAAGAAUCAUUUCCAGGUUACAGUUCACAUCGGAGCCUUAGGAGAAGCUAAAUAUGUCCGCACAACCGAAGGCGUAAAGAAAAUUGAAAGCUUUCAUCUACAUUUUCAUGGUAUUAAGAUGGAGUCAGCAUCACAAGUCAUCAAGAUAGAGCAGUCACAGUCGGAUAGAAGCAAGAAGUCCUUCUACCCUGUCAAAGUUGACGUGCACUCGGAUCAGGUUACCAAGGUUACUGUUGGUCGGCUGCACUUCAGCGAGACGACAUCCAAUAAUAUGCGCAAGAAGGGGAAGCCGAACCCUGACCAGCGCUACUUCAUGUUGGUGGUGGCUCUACAGGCCCACAGCGGGGACAACAACUAUCUGGUGGCAGCCAGCAGCUCUGAGAGAAUCAUUGUCAGGGCAUCCAACCCAGGCCAGUUUGACAGUGAUGUUGACGUUUUGUGGUCAAAGGGACACACCCAGGACUCGGUGUUCCACGUCGGCAGAGUUGGCGUCAACACUGACCACCCGGACGAAGCCAUGACCGUCCAUGGCAACCUUAAACUGACUGGUCACCUCAUGUCGCCAUCAGAUAUUCGAGCCAAAGAAAAUCUACAGGAGGUGAAUACGAAAGAAGCUCUACAGAAGGUCCAACAACUCCGCCUCUACAAGUACCAGUACAGCGAGGACUAUGCCGAGAGCGCUGGCAUCGAGGACAACCAGCGCAGCGACACUGGCGUCAUCGCCCAGGAGAUGAUGGAGGUGUUGCCAGAUGCCGUCCAGGAAACUGGGGAUGUCAUACUGCCCAAUGGUCAGCGCAUCGAAAACUUCCUGGUUGUAAGAAAGGAUCGAUUGUUUAUGGAGAACGUUGGAGCUGUAAAGGAACUGUGCAAGCUGACGGACAACUUGGAGAACAGAAUUGAUGAACUCGAAGUCAUGAACAAGAAGCUUGCCAAACUGAAACGAUUUGACAGCCUCAAGUCUAACAUGAGUCUAAAGUCUGUAUCCAGUGUUAGUACUGUCAGCAGCAGUGCCCCACCAAAGAAAUCACACUCAUAUCACCAUGGCAACAGCAAGUCUGGCCACAAGCACAGCCGCCACCAGGUGCCGCCUCCCAGCAGAGUGAAGUCGCUGUGCAGCAACCGUUUCAUCCAAAUCACCAUCAUCAUCCUCAUCCUCAUCAUGGCAUUCUGUCUGGUAGCAAUAACCACACUGUACAUCUUAGAGCGGCGGAAUACCCAGGAACUCUCAAGGGGUACGCCUGUAGUUGCUGCUUCAUCAGGGUCGACGUUACAACCAAUAAAUACAACAGCACUGCCAGUGAUGACAUCAACUACUCACGCUCCACCCCGAGAUCGCACUACGCCUAAAGUCCGACCAGAGCCUGCCACGACUACAGCUACCCAUCCUGUGACGACGAGGACAAUACCAGCCUACCCUGUUUGUGAAUCUCCUGAGUGUGAGCCUCGCUGCUGUUCACCACCCCAAGAGGAUGAGCCAAACCCACAUCAACACAAAAAUCCUGUUCCACUGUCCAAUGUUGUGACUCAGAAGACCACUCCGCACUACAACACUUUCACAAUCGACAUUCCCAAUGAAUCGCAAAACACCCCUAUCGUCAUCAACAACGAUGGUUACAACGUCAUCAACAAUGACGACAACAACAUCCAUCACUACUACAGGAAGAAAAGAAGUACUGUGCCAGAAGACCUACUGCGACCCCAGAUUGUUAUCAAGCAGCUCAACUUCACGAUUGGCCCCGAGUACUGCAUGGUGGCUGGGGCAUGUGAAGGUCGCAAUAAUUCCUAUCUGGCCAAAGUCAGCCACUACUUUGGUUCAAUGCCCGUCACCAUUCAAUUCAAGACUGAUCGAGCUGUCCUGGUGGCCUUCUGCAAUGACUCCUUCACUCCCUCUUGUCUCGAAGCCAGUGCCGGUAAUGUCUCGGAAAAGGGAUACAAAUUAACGAGCACAAAUGCUGAGUUUAAUCUGACCAUUGGUAUCCAUUACACCAGCACCUACAAGUUCAAGAUCAGCCCCGAUAAUAAUCUAAACAUCUGUUCUUUGACUUCAAACAACCCCGAUGUGUAUGAGUACAACCUAACCUUCAAGAGACAGCUAUGUGCUGAUAAUGCUGAGAGUUAGAGAUGAUAUAUAAUGUGUUUUGCACAGAACAGCAACACUGUCGACAGUGUUCUGAACACAACUGGAUAACACUGUCCAGGACACUCAGGGUUCAUCUUGCUAGGACUUGGAUCCACUUAUGGAUCCGUUAUUGAACCAUGGAUCCGCUAUUGAACCAUGGAUCCGUUACAAAGACAUAGAUCUGGCAUUGUUACAUGUCCUGGCAUUAGAUCCAACUGGAAGUGUACAUACGUUAUUAAAACAUGGCUCCAAGAUGAAGCGGAUCAUACUUGGUAACAUGGAUACAGUGUUGAGACAUGGAGCCAGACUCAGACGUGGAGCCGGUGCCAGUUUUCAGGGAGUGUUUAAAUGGCUGUUUAUACAGCUCGGACCUUAUAUUCAACGUCGUUGUUUACACUUUUUGAAAGGCUUUGGAUUACUUUAAUGUGUGUAUUCAUAUAAUAUGUUAUCGCACUUAGUGCGGUAUAACCCACACGCGGAGCAAGCACCCAAAUACUAGAACAAUUCAAACCAUUUAUCAAGAUAAUUUCAAAAUGGAAUCCUUUUCAGACAAUGAAAGGGGCGGUGGAGUAGCCUAGUGGUUAAAGCAUCAGCUCGCCACACGGAAGACCCUGAGACCGUGAAACCUUGUAAUUCACAAUUUGUGAGUUUUCUUGAGGCAGUAAAAUCUGUUAUUUUGUAUAUUACAGCAUACAUAUACUAGCUAUUCAUUACUCUUAUGUCCAAGUAGCUUAUAACUUUCAUGUCAACAGAUCAUUGUUAGAGAUUUUGUACAACAAUGUAUAUUGCAGCUCUUUGUACAAAAAUAUGUAGUAAUUUUUGUGCAACAAUGUGCUACUAGUUUCAUUACAUCAUGUGCUAAUACUAUCUAUACAUCACAAACUGUAUAUGUAGGAUAUGUUAUUGGUGAGUAUUUAAAACAUUUGAAUAUUUUUUUCCCAGGAGUCAUAGUCAUGUGAAUGUUGAAUUUGUUUGUUUUUUGUUAUGUUUUGAAUAGCAAUAUUUGUGAUCUCUUUUUUUGUAUAAAUCUUUCAAUGUUGUUGUCUAGAUCAUCACAAGGUAACUGCUUCUAUCGCCAAAUAUUAGAUGUAGUCUUGGGUGACUAUGGAUGUGAUGUAGUAAUUCUUAACAUAUGUUUUUGGCUAGAAACCAAACACAACCAUAUCAUUCCAUUAAGACUGCUUCAAAGUAUUUUUACAAUUAUCGGAAAAUAAUUUCUUCAUAGCAAAUUAUCACUUUUGUAAAUAGGAUGUUAUUCAUUAUGCUUGUUUCUACUGAUAUCAAUUGCAUGAUUUUUUUUCAUAUAAUCAUUGUCCACGAAAUUUUUAGGAUAUUUUUAGUAUGUGUCCUACUUGUAAGUAUGAAGAUUUGGACAUAACACCCAAGAUGCUGUCAUAUUCAUUAUGUAUGUAUAAACUGCAUAAAGUAAUUUUAUGUUUAUGUGUGUAAAUUUUCAGUAUAUGCCAAAAUGUGUGCAAUUCAUAUUUUCUUAUUGCAUCAUAGCAAGGUUGGGGAUAAUAGGAUGUUGUUAGGAAUAAGGUAUUCCACUCACUUUGAUAUUCUCAUUGACAAUAUGUUAAGAAAAUUACAAUAAGCCUGCCAAAAUUUGGAAUAAAACAUCUGAAAAGAUAUGUUUAAAACCAAUCAAAUGUUGCUGAUAGUUGUCUGGAAGAUACUAUUUGUAUAAUUUUUUUUAAAUUGACCACUUGUGUAUUAUUACCAUAAGCUUAUCUAAUUAUGAGUUGAAUAAAUUCUAUUAAAUUAAAUUAUGGUACAUUAUGAAGACAGUUGUCUUUACAUUCCAUUUUCAUGAAUUUUUCCUAAUUAAUUACAUUGUUUUUAAGACUUCAUUCCAACAUACUACUAUAUCAAAUUGUAAUGCAAAUUCUGAAAAUAUUUUUGUAUUUCAAAUUAUGGAAUCCUAUCUAUUGAAAUAAUGAUUGUUAAUCAUCUGAUUUGUUAAUUUCAAAUUGUAAAUAGCCAUAUUAUAUCUAACCAAAUGGCAUCGUAUCCCUGGUGUUAUGUUAGUACACUGUAGUCCCUCAUUAGGAAUAUUGUGUUGUAUAUAUUCAUUUAUGACAUAGCAAGAUGAAGGUCAAUCUGAAUCUCAUGAACAUUGGAAAUUAACGGUAUUGAUGACGUAUACAAAAGAUAAUGGCUAGCAUUGCAUUUCUUUACAAAAAUCCAUAUCCAUUGCUCGGCAAGCAUCUGCCAAGAACUAUUUUGGGGACAGUCUGUCGUAAAUAUUGACUGCAAUAAUCUUGAGAUUAAGACCCCGAAUUUGUUCAUAUACUCAACAAAAAAAGUAAGUGAUCAUAAAUACUUUUUGGGUAUUUUUAUGGAACAGUGUGACGAGUUGUACAAAAUAAUAUCAAGAAAAAUAUUCAUGAUCCCUAGGAUGGUGGGGUAGUCAAGUGGUUAAAGAGUUGGCCUGUCACGCUGAAGACAGGGUUCGAUUUCCCACAUGGGCACAUUGUGUGAUGCCCAUUUCUGGUGUCCCCCGCCAUGAUAUUGCUGGAAUAUUUUAUAUAUUUGCUAAAAGCGGCGUAAAACCCAACUCACUCACUCAUGAUCCCUAACUUUUUUUGUUCAGUAUAUACAAAAUUAGCCUCAACAUAUACUCCAAAACAGAGAUAAACAUAUUUUGUUUAUUGCAACAUUGUAGGUACUAAUACUCUUUAUUAUGAUGUUUUGACUUUGUUGAGAUUAUGUAUUUUACGGGAACCAGCUAGAGGAGUAUUGACAAGAACAAAUUGAUGUUGAGCAGUGUUUUGUUUCAUUUGUUAUAACCUGGUCCUCUGUGUUGUCUUUAUCUAUUGUAAAGACUCAAAACUCUAAAUUAUGGUUGGAAAUUGACUGUUGGUACAAAUGUGUUGAAAUUGAAUGAAGCUACAACAAUGCUACUGUGAUUCCGGGAACAAGAUGGUUGAUAAGUGUUAUAUAGCACAACAGAAGAAUAAUUCUAUUCACAAAAUUAGUUGUUUUCAAUAAACAGGUGUAUAUAAAUGACAUGUAUUUUUAGGGGUAUUUUGAGAGAUUACAAAUCAUCAUUGCAUUAAUCAUACCUAUGUGGAAAUUGGAAAUAAUUUUGUAUUAUUUACCACCAGUGACUUAUACACAGAUAUAUACUACACAACCUUUGAUAAGGAUAUUUUCAUUGGUCACAUGUAAACGUGCCUUGGUCAAGAUUUGCUUGAAGGUGUUGUCACACAAGUAUCAUUUAGAACUGACAAGUCAGCAUCAUUUUAGCAGAUACAAAUGAUUGUUGGUUAAAUAACAUCAGCACCAUUUGUGUAAUUGAUAUCCUCUGAGUUUCAUUAUGGUUUGAGAUAUCCAGUAUCUUUAUCAAAUGUUUAGUAGUAUAUUCCAAAGUUAUGUCUCGUCAGUGAUGGCUCUGUAAAUACAUCAUUAAUCAACCGACCUAGAAAUACAAUGUGCAUUCGGCAACUUGUAUCUCAUGCUUUCUUCAAUACUCAGUCUUAUACAUGAUGUAUUCCUUCACCACUAUUGGGAGCGUUUGUAUUUGAAAUUUGUGUACAUAUUUCAAAUUGAAAAGUCCGAGAUACUGAAUAAAUUGCACCUUUAAUUUUUUUAAUGAGACGAUUUUCUGACAUUUUGUAUUGACCAAGUCCUGAAAUUAUGUUGUCCUUGGAUUUUGCUAAGAGGCAUUAAUUGAGAAUGAUUAUGUUUCAACAAAUUUCUUCAAAAAGAUGAAAAAUAUUAUCAUACCAGAGGUAAAUAUUUAUUUGAAAACACAAUCAGAGUAAAGAGAAAAUAUUUCAAACAUUUUUCAUGUUCAUAAGAUCUUCUCAUGUAAAUGGCAAGUAGUCCUUCAAGUAAGAUCUUUUUACACCUCUGCUUGUUUAGUCGGAUAGUUUUGUAAAUGGUUGUUUCCAUAUAUUUUUUUCAUUGUUUAAACCGAGUCUAAUAUCUUCACAAGUUUGUUUUAUGAAGGUACAUUUUUCUACUGCUUUUUGUGCUGUUAGCAGAGGGAUAUAAAAAUACAGCAACUUUUUGUUAUCUUCAAUGUAAAACAUCAACACCAUUCCACAUUUUCAUAAAUACGACACAUUCCAAAUGGAUGAGAUGUGUAUGUACAUACCACAAAGAUGGCUGCUACUCGUCAGAUACAGAGUUGUCUCCCUUUUUACAUGCAUUCUGUACCCAGUGACAAGACCUCAGUAAACAUGUCUUAAAAUCA